AUGCCAGAGAGGAGCGGCGCGUAUGCAGACCACAAGAGCAGGGACAAGGAUUACCGACAUGACAGGGAGCAUUUUGAGAAGCGUCACAGCAGAGAUGUUAAAGAAAAGUCCAGAAAGGCUGAUGACGAGAGAGGACCGGCUCAUGAUGAAAGACUCAGACAGGACGUGGCAAGAGACCAGCACCAUCAAGGAUCCUCAACACUGUAUGGACAGCCUUCGGUAUAUUAUUCGAAGGAUCAGUAUCAUGAACGACAACCCAGAGAUGCUCUUUACAAUCUCCAUUAUGUUCUCACCAGUCGAGGCCUUUGCCAGCUGAUGAAAGUGUUUGUCAACCUUCUGAUCAUCAUCUGCGCCGGUGUACCACACAGCAACAACGGCGGCUACCGCGACUUGGCCAGCCUGGGCGGCAUCUACCACUACCACUUUGGGGGAGCUGGCUCCUUCCAAGGUGCCGAAGCGGAGCGUGUGAAGGAUUUGGACCGGAUGUUCAACGAGCUCAAGAGGCCCCCGUAUGCUUUUGCCAUGGCGUGCGCUGGGAUCAUCAUGAUGUACGCCCUGGUAACACUCACGCUGGGUGUUUUCCGAGUGCCUUACCGUUACCCACCCGUGCUGCUGGGAGAGGCUCUGGUGGACCUGCUGGUGGGAUUGGGGUACAUCGCCGCGCUGGCGUUCUUCUUCAUUAAACUGCAGGAGAACUACAACAACCCCAUCUGCCAGGAGAGGGAGCGCAUGUAUAAGAGCAAAGGUCAUAAGGGCUUCGAGUGCCAGUUCCAUGGGGCGGACAUCGCAGCAGGUCUCUUUGGUGUGCUUGGCGUCUUCGUGUUCCUUUGCGGAGCCGUUUUGGCCAUAAGGGCUUUCCGUGCCGUGCGGGAGAUGAAGAGACAAAAGGAAAAUCGGGAUGAUGGCUUUCGAGGAUGA